GCGACUCUCGCGGCGCUCGCACCGCAAGGGUAAUUCACGCACCGAGUAGGUUGUAUAUUAUGCAUUGGAGGACGGCUGCAUGCGGAGAGUAGAAAGAAGCCCGCGUGCCGUGAUCGUUUUGCAUCGAAAAACGGACACGCGACUGACGGAGUGACAGUGACAGUGACGCUUAAGCGUCGCCUUCGGACUAUCGGCCUGUGCCGUUCUCGUGCGCUCCUCGGCCUCUCCGGCUAAACAAUGGGACGCGUUCGUGAUUCGUGAGGAAGAAAGCAAGCAACCGAGCGACGGCGACGGCGGCGGCGGCGGCGCCGAGCGGCGAGGCGAGCACGUUUGAGACUCGGCGCUCUGUCGUCGGAUUUUUAGCCCAGUUCUCUUCAGGCCGUCUCCUCGUCGACGACGACGAGCCCUCGAGAGAAGGGUCGAGAGAAGUAUCUCCGAGUCUUACCGAGUCGCUUGCUCGCGGCGCGUGUAUUCUUUUGUUUCGCGCGCUUCCUCUUCAUUCUCAAUCUCAUUCUCAUCUUUACCCCUGUUCCCCCUUGAUGAUAAAAUCCGGUCUCUCAACCUCAACCUCAACCCUGAGAGGUCGUCGUCGGGCACUUGCCGCCGGUAACAGGAACGCGGCGUUCCUGCAGCUAAUAUCCAGCCUCCUACUCCUCCUCCUCCUCCUCCUCUCUUCUGCUCUCUUAAACCGACCAUAAGUGAAGUGCUUGGCGGUGAAUAAAUUGUUAUUUUUACCACUCGUGCGGUUUACUCGAUCUUUUACCUUCGCGAUGAGGUGCUUGCUGGAAGUUUUGUGGUGUGACUAAAACGUGGGGCGUUACUCUCAUAAUCGUCAUCAUCAUCAUCAUCAUCAUCAUCAUCGUCAUUGUGGUAUAAACAACAAUGGAUGCAUGUAAAACGGCCGUUCGGUAGUGCAAACUGGGGCUGAACAACCGGAUUCGUCUUUGUUUUCUUGUUUGAAAACUUCUUCCCCGUUCCGCCGUUGCGAGAUUCGUAUACAUACACGAAUCAAGAGAUACAAACACGGAUAAGAGAGGAGAGACACGCAAGGAUUACAAGAAUUAAGCACCAGGAUGUGGUGUGAAAAAGAUGCGAAAUAGGCGGGGAGCGAACAGGAAGAAGAAGGUGGCAGCAAGCGAAGGAUGAACAAUGGCCUCCUCCCUCGGUGCGGGUGGACCAGGUCUGGCUCCAGGAGGUUCCAUCCCUCGGAGAGCCAACCUGGAGUUCCCGCCACCGCCGCCUUAUCCACCGCCCUCGAGGAACGCGGCAACGCCGCCGCCGCCGCCAAAUAGCGUCAUUCCCUCUUCGCCGACGUCAUCCUCGACGCCCCGGCACUCUAGUCAGACGGUCGUCGCCUCGGCGCAGGAUUAUGCCUACGCCUAUUACGAGCCUGGACCUAGUCGGCUGCAUCCAUCGGUCUUUCAUCAUCAUUCCCACGCCCAGUACCCCCAGGUUCGUCAUGCCUCUCUGCAGCAACAACCGGCACAAACAAACGCCCAGGAAUCAAUCAGACGGCACACUUACGUCACUCGUUACGGUACGGAGGAAAAUAUCUACGAGGAAAUAUCGGAGAUAAGUAGGCAAUGUCGAAGGGGGAUUCACGGAUCGAGGAGAUCAUUGGUGGCCGAAGAAGUGAGGCGAGUACAGUCGCGGCAUCGGCGAGUACUCGGCGAGCUGAACCUCAGCGUCGAGGCGAUGCUGAUGCCCCCCGGGUCUAACUGUCCGGUCCAGAACGACAGAGGUCAACGAGGUCAAAGAGGAACUUCCACGGAGGAGCUACUUGCCCCCGUAAGUCCAACCGACGAGCUACUAUCACCCGUUGCCUGUGAUUUGGACAGCGGUUUUAGCGGCAGUUCCAGCGCCAGUUACAGAUCUGGACUGGGGUCACUUAGUCGUGGAUAUGUGAGAACAAGUACACCGGAGCUGUCUGCAGAAUCUGGAGGCGGAAAUUCACAACGAAAAGCAAAGGCUGUAAUGCUGUGGCGAAAAGGCUGGAAGGGUUGGAAGAAAAUACAAUCAUUUGGGGCGGCGAACAAGGAUGAGCCCCGUUCAAGAUGUAGAUCAUGGGAUGACGUAGGCUCAGCUAGAAUGGAGUCAGCUAGCCAACAGCACAGAAAUCCUCAUCCUCCGUUGGAGGCAACGAGGUCGACGCAGUCAACUCAGUCUGCGCGUAGCGAGGAUUCUUGGUGUUCUGCAUCCGAUCAUGACCUUUCUUCUGAUGAUGAGAGCGAGAAAAGUAAUAUCAGUAUUAAGAGCAACGGUCAGUUGAGGAAUACUUUACACAAGGCACGAACGCUUUGUGACAAAUGGAGGUCUCAGAAUUUGAGGGUAAACAAUCCGCCGGAGCCGUUAGAGUCGCCUAACAACCAAGGCAGACUUUCGAGGUGGUUUAGUAUCCGGAGGGGAUCCACAAAUCAGUACGAUGUGGAUACGUGUGACACCAUUUCCUUAACUAGCCCGAUGAAAGCUUCGCAGAUGCCACAGUUGCGCGAGGUUGAAGAGGAAAAUGGAGCUAUGGUACAGUUUCAAUGUAUGCAGCAGCGCAGACAAGCGCCGCCAACUCUUCCUCCUGUUCCUUCUAAUUUGACACCUCAACAACUCAAGAGAAGACAUAUUGUAGCCGCGAUUGUUCACUCGGAAAAUAGCUAUGUUGCUACCCUGCAAAGGCUUGUUAAUGAUUAUAAAAAGCCUCUGGAAGAAUCAUCUCCACCUGUACUUGGCCAGUCAAAAAUAGCUACGUUAUUUCACAGGCUACCAGAAAUAUUGCAGUGUCACACGUUGUUCAGAAUAGCUCUAGCUGAGUGUGUACGAUCAUGGGAUAAGGAUGAAAAAUUAGGUGACGUGUUUGUUGCGAGCUUUAGCAAGGCUAUUGUAUUGGACAUAUAUAGCGGCUUUAUUAACAACUUUUCCGUCGCAAUGGAUCUGGCUAAACAGGAAUCAAAGCGAAAGACUGCUCUGUCUGAUUUUUUUAAGGUCAAACAAAUUAGCGCGCACGACAGAUUGUCAUUUUUUGGACUGAUGGUGAAACCAGUUCAGAGGUUUCCACAAUUUAUAUUAUUUUUACAAGACUUAUUAAAACAUACGCCCCAAGGGCAUCAUGACAGAAUGUCGUUGCAGCUGGCAUUGACCCAACUAGAGAGCCUGGCAGAGAUGUUAAACGAGAGGAAACGUGAGGCUGAACAAUUCCAAGCAUUUAAGGAAAUGUUACGUCACGUUUCUGGCAAACUCUCUCAUCGUCCCCUUUCCUCUUCUUCGCGUUAUUUAAUUAGAGAGGAUAACGUUACGCAACUGGAAUUCAAUCAAAAUGGAAUGAUAACCAAGUCUAAAAGAAGAAGACUGUUACUAUUAAAUGACUUAGUUGUAUGCGUAUCUGUUGCACCAAGAUCUACUGAGGAUUUUUCUGGCAGUGAACGCCUAAGUUUAAAGUGGACAUAUCCUGUUGCUGACGUUGAGAUUCAGGAUACCAGUACUUCGCCAACAUUAAGACGUUUAUUAACGGCUGGAUUGAAUAAAGGCGGCAGCUUGAAAUCUGAUAGAAGCGGAGAGUGUGGGCAGGCAGGUGCAGAUAGUUUGUGUGCCGAAAUGAGUGACUUGAUGCAAGAUUACGAGGUCAUGUCAAGGAUAAGUGAUCUUGUCGCUCAACUCAAAGGGUCGUAUAACGGUAUGACUCCGGAGAAUACAAAACAAAUCUUACAAUCCAUACAAUCGUCGAUACAACAGAAAGACGAGGAUAUGAUAUGGGCAGACAGCUGUUGUCUACAACUAACAACGAAACAGGGCCAGAUGUAUACAUUUCAGACUGAAAAUCCGUUUGUCAAAAAAGAUUGGGUAACUGAGCUGAGACUCGCCCAGCUCGCUCUAGAUCCUAAUAAUUCACCAGCAUGGGAAGUUCCCGAACAAGAACAGAGACCUUCGACAAAAAUGCCUCUGUUUGUUAGCUCACAACCUGUAUAUCACUCGCAACAUCAAUCGGAGGUGCGCUGCGGUUGUUACUACACGACACAAAAUCCUCGCCCGACACGACGGCGAGGAAGAAAUCAGAGUUACUUAUGGAUCUGUACCAGUGAUGGAGUGUCAAGUCACGUUACGGUAUUUGGACAAUCAACUACAGCAACAACUACAGCUCUGAAACAAAUUAUUGCGUUCGAUUUGGUUGAAACAAGAGUUGCGGCUGUUGAAUUUGUCAAGGGUCUUUACAAUGAGCCAGUUACACUUGCCAGCGAUCUUGUAUGGAUGGGGACAGAUUCUCGAAAAUUAAUCAUCUAUGCAGCUUCAGAGCCAGAGAAACAGGAAGAGCUAGGGAGUUAUCCAGUCUCUGGAUCUGUAGUACAAAUAAAAUAUCAUUGCGACAAUGUUUUUGUGGCGCUAGGUACCGGAUCAUUGUUGAUGUUCAUAAGACAAUUUGAUGGAAGCUGGCUUCUCAGAAAUCCUUUGGAAAUAUCGCUGGGAAAUGAUCCGGUUUCCUGCCUAAUGCCAAUAAAUACAUUUGUAUACGCCGCCUGUGGUAAAAAAGUUUGGGUACUUAACGGCAAUAACGGAGAAGUAACAAAAAGCUUUAGCGCACAGCAUGAGCACGUCGGAAAUGUUAAACUUAUGGCUCAUUCCGGAGUUGGACUGUGGGUUUCGCUGAAAAAUUCUAGCACAGUUUGUCUCUAUCAUACGGAGACGUUCAAGCACCUUCAAGACAUUAACAUCGCCUCAAAUGUACUUAGGGUAACAAAGCCUAGUAGUUCAAAUAAUUCUUGCGGUGAUAACUUGAACAAUAACCAAACUGUCGUGACUGUGACGGCGCUGAUGGCUUGUAAGGGGUUGCUCUGGGUAGGUACAAAUGUUGGUAUAAGUCUUACCAUUCCGCUUCCUCGAUUGGAAGGAGUUCCUAUAAUCAGCGGACGUGUCAACAUAUCCUAUCAUGCCCAUUUCGGUCCAAUCACCUUUUUAUUAGCUAUACAAAACAACAAAAAUACAACUAACUGCAUCAAGGAAGAAAUCAUUGAAGAGGACAAUGUUCAACUUAGAAACAAAGAUGUUGAGCAUAACCAUCGGCCAAGAGAUAGGGCCAGUUUAGAUGCUUCCCUCUCCAGCAACAUGGCUAAAUUCAAACAACAGCUAACGAGCAGCCCUGUUAUGCUGAGGCGUAAAAGAAGCAAGGAAAACGAGUAUCGAGGAUCAAAAACCCUCCCUCGAGGUUUAGGUUGUGGCGGUUGUUUAUUAUCCAGUUCUAUAACAAGUUCGCAAAGUUCGGGUGAGAACUGCGACGUGUAUGGAUUGUACGGUGAAUUGAUGUACGUCAAAGAUUAUGAAAAUGAAAAUAGCUCUGGUAUCGAUCCUAUUUAUGAGACUCUGAGACAGAGCGAUCCGGAACUAGCAGCUAUACCAAACAAAGUAAGCACUUUGGACCGGAGGUUAAAAAUGAAGAUCACUAGACCCAGAUCUCUGGAUCUAUCUAACUGGUCUGUGGAUUCGCAUGCGAGUUCUUUGUAUACAUCGUCGGGAUCUGAGGAAAACCUAUCACUAAAAGCUGGAAAGUUAUCACGAAACAGUAGCAAUGCUAGCAGAAAUGCUCCAUACGAGAUAACAAUACCUGCUUCCAACAACACAACCCCACCUGUUAAGGAUAUAACGCCAGUGGUAAAAUCAAAAGUAAACGGUAAGAAAAAUAAAGGGUCACAGCAAAUUGAUCAGCCUAAAAGAACAGUUUUAACUCUAAUGGGUGGACGAGGGUACAUUAAUUGGAGAUUACCAAACAUUCAAUCUGUUGUAGAUAAAAAUCCGAAGUCAACUUACACUUUAAAAGAUCCUAAUAGUAAUGAUGCUCAUAUUGUGUUGUGGGAAAUGAAGUUAUGAUACCCAUUCAUAAUAGACCUGCUAGAUUUAUUCUAGUAGAGGCAGUAUCACUCGCCAUUGCCACGGAUUGGUGGCUGAGAUUAUUUAAACUUUGAAAGAUCAGAUUUUAUCCACUGCGGUAACGACGUAAAUUUCAAAUACUCGUAAUAUAACGCAGUCAAUGCAGGAAACGUCUAUUAUUUAUGAUGAAUUAUCCUGAGAUUGUAGACGUUCCGUGAAAGUUUCGACAUGACAUAUGCUAAAAAAAAAAUAAAAAGAAACGAGCAUCAAUUAAACUUUGAUCUGAAUAAUAAGGAAUAAGAUAUGCGUCACCAUAUUUCAUAACUUCACUUGCUAUUACACUGUGACAGUGAAUGGUAAAAAAAAGUGUGUAUUGCAUGCCUCGAAAAAGUAAUUGCAAAGUUGUUGAAUACGAUUUUUUUAUUGAAUCUUUCUUUCAAGUUAUGCUCUGAAACAUUUACAUCCAGCCGCGUAAAAAUACGCAUAUGUUAUUUCUGGGGAUAACAGCUUUAACACAAAUAAAGUAAUAUGCUUAUUACUUAUAAUCCCAAUUGAAAUAUGUAACGUUGCAGAAAUUCAGGCAGGUGCUAAGUCUUUAUUUUGUUGAAAUUAUUUACGUAGCUUUAGAAGUGUAAGGGAUCAAGAAAGUUUGUUACGUUUUAUAAAACUAUACGAAAAAAUAUGUAUGGUAUACGACAGCAAAGCCUGUUAAUGCACGUGUGUUAUCUGAGUGAUUAUUUUUUAAUCAUUGUAAUGUUUAGUGAUAAUAGCACAGCACGCUGGUUCAGUUGAGCUCAAUGAUAUGAACUGGUGAAGAGUGACGAAAAUAUAAAGAAUAAAGAAUUGUAGCCAGAAGAACAUGAACACGUAUUUAUCUGCCAAAGUGAAAUUACAAUAAUUAGAAUUUCUCAUAAUAUGAGCAACUAGACAGUUCGCAUAGCGAUUCAAUGUCAUAUGACUAAAAAUCACCCCAUUUUGAAAUCAUAAUUCUAAUUUACUCAUAUUGAAUCUCUUUAUACGUCAAUUGAAUAUUCGCGCUCAUUGUAUUGUCGUACGACAAUUCUUAUCGCAAAAUGUAACUAUAAGUUCAAUUGAGCGAUCUCUUAGGAACAUUGUACAGAUUAUUAUGAUCUCUGAUAGAGCAUUGCCUCUCUUAUUCAUACAAGAUAUGGUACUUGCUCUUAUUUUUUCACCGCGUUUAUGAAUUCAGCAAAGUAUUCUUGUUUUUUCUUUAACGACGUGAAAUAUAUAUAAAGCGAUUCAAAUCUUGUUUCAACAUGAAAAUGAUGCUCUGAUUUCGCAAAGUAUAUAAAUCUAGCCCAAUACUGACAUUAAGGUCUACCUACUAUAUAAAGUACGUAUAUGUUAUAUGCUAUUGGAUAUUCACGUCAAUAUUGCUAGGUUCGGAACAUUCACUUGUAAAUCUUCAUACAAAUACAGAUUAUUGAGAUGAAACGCAAGUUUAUUUUGCGAUCAAACGCGUUGAAUAUUCUCUAGAUAAUUGUGACCAAAGUAAGGCAUGGGUUUCUGUCGGUGAUACAUGUAACUACGAACACAAACAUUGAUAAUAGUCGAAAGACAUGCUUUGAUUCAUUAAUUUUAUAAAGUCGGUGUCAUAUAAAUAUAAUGUCCUUCUUUCGAUGAUUCAAAUAAAACUACUGCUUUCACAUGCAUCUGUAUUUGCAUAAUCCCUCAUGUAUAAAUAUGGAGAAGACUGGCAACAAAUGGUUUUUUGAUAUAUUAGCUUUAGAUGUGUUGUUGACAAACAAAUUUGACUGGCUUCUUUGUAUUUUAUACGUUAUAUGCAUUAUUGCUCAAUUGCAAGCCAUGCCUCAUCAUUAUAGUUUUGCGUCAAAUUGUAGCGCGGCGACGUCCAUUAACUAAUAUCCAAUGGCAUUUAUUUUGUAAAAUAAUCAACCAGAUAUGCAUCCAUAAACACAUAUAUCCAGAAUAAAUAUAAGUACCUAUUUGAAAUUGUACAUAGCGUUAAAACUAAAUAGUAUUGAAAACUAGUUUCUGCCAUACAGUAUUUCAUUGUGUUAUUAAACAAUUGAAAUUACUUACAAUCACUAUACAUCUAUGAGAAUAUAAACAUUUUAAUCCGCGUUACUAGUCGGAACAUUGUCCCUCUGGAUUACGAAUCUAACAAUAUGAAAGAUAUAGGUAUCCAAUCUUUAUUUGUGGUAAAAAAAUCUGUUGUAAAUUAUCAUGAAGUAUUAGUUGAAUUUGUUAAAUUGAGUUGAAGUUUGGUUUGCUUGUUUUUGUUUCUUUUUCCCCAUUUCCAUUCCAUGUCACGGCAGUAAAUUUUGUGUAAUUCUUCUUUUUUUUUGUUGAUUUUUUGAAGUUGGUUUGUGCGCUGUGUGAUAACAGCUGCGUUCAAUCAAGUGAAAUUUAUACUCUAAAUUGAACACAAUGUUCUGAUUUCAAACGAUACUGAGAAAAAGUUUUUGAAAAAAAUGCGUUGGAUUUGUAAAUGUAUAUUUGACCAGACAUAAAGCAUUUUAUACUUUCUUAGUAUCUCCGGUAACAUAUUAUAAUAUUAUAAAAAUGUUAAGGAUGUUAAUAGAUCUGAUGAUGUUGAAGUAUUUGUAAUGAAAUAUUUGUCAACCUUUUAUAUUUUAUAAAUGUUAGCGCAUCAAAUUAUUUUCGCACAAAAUUCUACCACUGGCACAAUUAUUGUAUUGAGGAAGGCGGGGAGGAUGACUCUUAUGUGUAAAAGAAACAUGCGUAGAUAAUUCGAAACAUACAAAAAUAAUGUAAACAGACAAGAAUGAAAUUGUCUAAUUUUUUUUGUUGUGAUAAAGGUAAAGGUUUAAAUUGAUGUCAGUUACCCCAGUGAUCGAGAAUUAUGCACUUUUUCAUUGCAAGACCGUUAACAUAUGCAUACAUACAUAUAUAUAUAUAUGUAUAUACAUGUAUAUACAUAGGUAUAUAACAGCUGGCACAAUUACCGUAAGUGACGUGUGUGUGUGUGCAUAUAUACACAUGCAUACCCACACACACACACACACACACGAUCUUGUAUUUACAUCUGCAAGCCCAAUUUUAUACACUGUUUAGAGCAAACGUGUUUGUAUUUUGUACACAAUCUUCUUUAAAAUGCAUAUAAAUUUUUUUUGUAUUUAUACGUACACUAGAUUAAGUAAUUAGUAUCGAAAACGCGCCGAUACUUGAUCAGGUGUAUUUAUUAUUUAAAUAAAUAUAGCAUUGUUUCUUCAAAAAUUACCUUAAUGCUUUGUUUUAUAGAUCAUAGUAAUUAACAGGACAUAUGUUUUCACAAAAUUAUUAACAAUGUAGGAAACAUUUUUGGUAGUGACGAAUCUGUAUCUAGCACAGAUCUGUUUUGUGCCUAUCAGUACCUAUCGCCGCCCCGCAACGACGGUAUUAAACGUUGCUAAUAAUUAAAUAAAAUUACCGAACUGUAA